AUGGCUGAUGCUCCUGUUUGUCUGACUUGUGGGCAAUAUUUUGAACCUUAUACUGACGACGAAUCAAUAGAUGAAGAUCUUGUUAUAUCAAACUUGUUGAAUAUUAUUAUUAAUAAUUCAAUACAUACCAAAGAACCCAUUAGGGAUAGUAGCUUGACAGGUGCUGAAUGGGUUGCAGAACUUAGAUCUGGCCACUCAGAUAGAAUAUAUGAGGCAUUUAGAAUGGAAAGAUUUGUGUUCAACAAACUUUGUAUGUUGAUGACACAAAAAGGCUGGUUAGCAGACAGUAGAUAUAUUAGGGUUGAUGAACAAUUAGGAAUUUUUUUGUACUUGAUUGGACAUGAGAGUUCAAAUAGGAAUGUUUGUGAGAGAUUUCAGCGUUCAGGGCAAACAAUUAGCAAGUAUUUCAGCAAAGUGUUGAAUGCGAUGCUUCAAUUAGCACGUGAGAUAAUCAAACCACCUUCUUUUGAUAUGGUUCCAAAGGAAAUUAAGGACAAUCCUAAACAUUUCCCAUACUUCAAGGAUUGUAUUGGCGCAAUUGAUGGCACUCACGUAAGUGCUACGUUACCUGAGAAUAAGCAAAUACCAUUUAGAGGCAGGAAACAAAUUACAACCCAAAAUGUCAUGUGUGCAUGUUCCUUUGAUAUGAAGUUCACUUUUGUGUAUGCCGGAUGGGAAGGAUCCGCAAAUGAUUGUCGUAUUUUUAGUACUGCGCUUGAAACUCCUAAGUUGGAAUUCCCUCAUCCCCCACCAGGCAAAUUUUAUGUCGUUGAUUCUGGAUACCCAACUAGGGAUGGUUAUUUGACACCAUUCAAAGGAGAGCGCUACCAUUUGAAUGACUAUAGAGGAAGACGAAAUCAACCCAGAUCAACUAAGGAGUCGUUCAACCAUAGGCACUCUUCUUUGAGAAAUGUAAUUGAACGGUCAUUUGGAGCUUUGAAGAAUAGGUUCCCAAUUUUGCGUAAAAUGCCUUCAUUUUCAUUUCGGAAGCAAGCUCUCAUUGUGAUUGCAUGUUGUGCAGUACAUAACUUUAUCAGGGAUCAUCAGAUAGCAGACAAAAAUCUAGCACAUUAUGCAAAUCCCAACAUUGCAGCAUCAACCCAUACAUCUGCAACUAUAGAUGAUGAAGGCUCCUCAAAUCAAGUGACCCAAAUAGACAUUAUUAAGAAAAAAAUUGCAAACCAAUUAGCUAUAGAUAAUCAAUUGCCCCCAAUAUGA